AGACGCCGCGCGCAUCGGACGUUGCUCGCGCAUCUCUCGGAUAAUUUUGAUUAAAUAAUAAUAGUAUUAACGUCGUCGAUUACGUCUUCAAAAUGGACAUAACAAUUACUAGACAUUUCAGUUUGGAUGAAUCGUCAAUGAGAAGCGGGGCGCUAGCGGCAAUGGAGGCCGAGCCUGACCUCAGCACGUUCGAGAACAAGUCAGGGCUGGCUGAGGACAUGAAGUUCCUCGCCUCCAUGCCCGAACUUUGCGACGUAACAUUCCUCGUGGGGGAUACUAGAGAGCCGGUUUGCGCUGUGAAAGCUGUGCUGGCAGCUAGAAGCAGGGUAUUCCAAAAGAUGCUCUACCAAGCUCCAAGUCCUCAACGGAAGAAGGAACCAGCACCAAGGGAGAACAAACUACGGCUUUUCCUAAAAAGAUCUUCGGAACCGCUGUUGAACCUUCAGAAUGCUGCCCAACAGAGAUCGACUUUCGCGCAGCAAUUGGCACCAAUACAAGAGCCAUCUUCACAACAGCAUCAGACAUUGAUCAUUGAAGAAUUUGAACCUGAUGUGUUUCGUCAGCUAAUUGAGUACAUUCAUACUGGAUGCGUGACUCUCCAGCCUAGGACACUACUUGGAGUAAUGAACGCAGCCGACUACUACGGUCUCGACGAGCUGCGCCGCGCGUGCGCCGGUUUCGUGCAGUGCUGCAUCACCGUCGACACUGUUUGUGCGCUCCUUGCGUCAGCUGAGCGGUAUAUCCAGUAUAAGUGUACUAAGUCGCUGGUGCAGAAGGUGUUGGAGUUUGUAGACGAACAUGGCAAUGAGGUGCUCAACCUUGGAUCGUUCACGCUGCUGCCUCAGCACGUCGUCAGGCUAAUACUGGCGAGGGAUGAGCUCAGAGCUGAUGAGUUCACGAAGUUUCAGGCUGCCUUGAUGUGGAGCAAGAAGUACUGCGAUACCAACCAAAACAUGAACUUGAAGGAAGUGAUCGGAAACUUUCUCGAAUACAUCCAGUUCCACAAGAUCCCGGCUAACGUGCUGAUGAGGGAAGUGCACCCCCUCGGCCUGGUACCAUACUCCAUCAUAAUGAACGCGCUGGCGUACCAGGCAGACCCGGCCAGCGUAGAUCCAGGCAAACUCUCCCCAGCGCGAGUCCGACGCGCUGGCCGCUCCAUGUCCGUGCAGUCUUCGCUCGAUCCCUAUGGGUCCAACACCACCCUCUCCUCCACCGGCUCGAGCGAUGUUCCGUCGUCAGACUCUCGGCACAACUAACGCGAGGGGAACCUCCCCCGUCCUCCUCCCGAACCCACCCCUGGCCCUUCCUCAGCUCCUGUAGUCCCAAUUCCCGUACCCCCAACGGACAAGCCUCCGGAGAAACUCGGACUAUUCUCCUCCAUCAAGCGUGCUGCUAGCAAAAAGUUCGGCGAUCGACGUUCCCCGACACCGAAAACGAGGGAGCCACGAUCAAAGUCCGAUUCUAUAAAGCACGCAGCUUUGACAAGACAGGUCUCCGAAACGGUGGGAGCGUCAGGAGACCCGACGUUCGAGCGAUGUAGGCCGAGGAAGCGUGACAGUGAAACAGAGUUUCCAGUCCGCAAGUCCACUUCGGAGAUAUCUGAGAGUUUCCCCUUUGUGAGGCGUGCGCUAGCUGAGAUAGAAAAUGGACUAAAUUAUUUUAGGAGGUCUAUCGCGUCAGAUACUACUGAACCGAAGCCUCCACUGCUGAGGACUGAGCCAAUGGUUGUGGUUGCGGCGGCUGAGGAUGAUGAGGCGCCUAUGUCGCCGCCACCGCCUAUGGGAUUGAAGGAACGUCGAGGUUCUCGUGGAUCACCGUGUGCUAAUCUUCCACCGUUAAUGUUGCCACCAGCUACUCCAGAGCCAUCGCCUGGGCGCUUGACUCCAAAUAGACUUUCUCCGCAAAUACCAAAGGAGCCAGCAUCGGCUCCAGUUAUGCGGAAUCUUCCACCACCUCGACGCACGAGGACUAGAUCUGAGAUGCCACCUGAACCUCCACCACGCUCACCUCAGACUCCGCGCCCAGCGUCUGUGUCUCCAAAGCAUACUUUUGCAUUCAAAAUAGUACUGAAAAAAGUAGAGAGCACUCCGAAUACAUCAUUUGAUAAGCCGGACCAAUGAGAGUACCUCCUCUAAGCGCGGCCGUUGUUAUACGGUGGGGUACUCGAGGUUAAUGACGCGCUUUUCUCCGUUUUCUAGAAACAGCUAGCAUAGAUUAGUUAGCGGCGAUGACGAAGACUCGCCAAACAAUAUUAUAUGAAAUCAAUGACGCUUCGGAAACAUCUUCGUAUUCUUAUGAAUUCAGGGGCUGGUCCUCUGGUCGGUACGUGUCGACAUUGUGUGUCGGAUUAUUGACUGUAUGGAUAAGAUAAAAUGAAUUAAAAUUUAUACGGUUCUUAUACCUUGUUGUUUAUAUUACAUGAUGGAGAAUAAUAAAUAAUGUGUGUUUGGAUGGCUGUAUAACAAAAAGUGUGUGAAACUUCGUGUGGAGAUAAUAUUUUGUGUGAAAGUAUAUGUAUAUGAAUAAGUCUUUUGCUGUUUUUCGAUAAUAUCCAACCACAAUGAUGUUCACAAGUCUCCUUUUUUAUCAUGAAUGUAUAAUUAUCAUAAUCUUCUAUGAAUUUUGUCUGAUGAGUGAGGAAUUCUAAAGUAACACUUACGCUAUGUACUUUUAUACGGUCACUGACAUAGUAAAUGGACAGUCUAAAUGUAUUUUCGAUGUUAUACAAAUUGCCUGACGUGAAAGUAUUUUUAUAAUAUUGUAUAUAGAUGGAGAUGUUUGUUGUUACUUCGAUAGCAGUUUUAUAUUCAAACUCUUCUUUGUAUGCUUUUAUAAUCACAGAAAUAAACAUAUCUGAAAUAAUGUAUUACAUAAAGAUAAUUUUGACUUUAUAUUUUGUUCUCUCAAUUUUGAAUAAGCAGUAAACGGUUUCUGUUCAUAAUUGUUAUUUUUUAAUAAUAGUAGUGUUUUAUAUAAAUUAUGCAUUUAAACAUAUUUUAAUGGCACAAUAAAUAGUCGUUGUGAUUUGUGUGAAUUGAUCUUUGUCUGUAUCAACCCCUUCCAAAAUAGAUGAUAAAAAUAAAAUAAUUCUGGCGUUUACAUAAAACUAUUUCGUACAUUUAUUUUGUUUUUUAGCAAAAGUUUUGUAUUUUGGAAUUAAUUUAUUGAGGUUUUUUUUUUAAAUUCGACUAAAAUAAAAUUGUUAUUAUUAAUAAUGGGGAGUAUUUUAACUAUCAACAUAAAUAAUGUUAAUAUUACAGAACCUCGCCAGAAUUAUAAAAUAAAUUAUAAAGAUAUGUUGUUAUUUUACCUUUUAUCAAAUAUAAAUAGGUAUAGAUAGGUAAUUUACAUUUUUUUAAACUAUUCUAAAUCAGUGUUCUGUAUUAUGUAAGUGAAAUAGACCUUGUUGUAGCGUUCGACCGAAAGUUGUAAGUCUUAUAACUUUUCUAAAGGAUUCUUUACAAAUUAUACCUACAUUUAAUUUUUAUAAAGAUACUUAUUAGAUGCAAUCCGGUUAGACUGGAAGCCGACCCCAAUAUAGUUGGGAAAAUGAAAAAGAAAGUAAUUUAGAUACAAGUUGUCAACAUUUUACACCCUUUGUAUAGUAAAACGAGAAGUCUCAUGCCAUUUUCUCAUUGGAUUCUCUCUUUUGAGGUCUUCUAAGUUAUUUUUAUUUUAUACAAUCCACCCAUACUUUCUUUGGAAAAUUAAAUCUAUGCUUUAAUAAUUAUUUAAUACCGAAACUAAAAAAUCCCAGUACUAUACUCAAGAGACUUUUGGUCGAACGCUAUACAAAGUUUCAUUAAACCAUUAUUGAUGUCGAUGGAAAAUAUACCAAAGCUACAUAUUUGUUGUAUGAAAAGUUGUGUUUUUUUCUAUUACUAAUAUGAUUAUGUAAAUAAUUGAAAAAUGUGGUCAAGAAGAAGAGAAAUCAAUGUUCUUGCUAUAAA